CAAGGGUGCACGAUUGCAAUAAGAUCACACCAUUAGAGAGAGAGACGUGUUUCAACAAUGGCCAGCCAAACCUUUUAAGUUAAUGUGUCCCCAGUCAGACAGUGUUCGCUGUUUUGUUCUUUCUCUGUCUCCCUUGACAAACAUGUUUUCAGUCUUCUUUUUAAUUUUAAAAAGGACUGGAAUUUGGUAGCUCCUCUAUAUAUACGUCCAUUUUGCAAUUUGGGUCUGUUUUGAACAAUGUGAGAACUCCAUGGUUGUCCACUGAAGGAGACAAGCUCAAUAUGGGAAAGUGUGAGUUCUUCUCCAAAUUGCUUGAUAAUAAAGUUUGGAUGGAGAUGGAUGUUUUCAAAUACAUUGAUUUGAUUGAAGUGUUCCUGAAGACCCCACAUUGAUGCAAAGAGAAAAGACAAAAGAGACAAAGAGAGACAAUUUUUUUUUCUUUUGAUAUUUUGAUUUAUUGGUUAAAGAAAGGAGGAAGAGAUGCUGAAUUUGAAUGAAGAUAUAGUUUUUAUUUGUUAAUUUAUGGAAUGAGCAGAAAGCUAAGCUUUAAAAAGGAAUUUGAAAUUGAAGUUAAGAACUCACAAGCACCUGCAAAGAAGAAAGCAAUUACAGCAAUGUCAGUUGCUCAUGUUGAUGAUGAAGAGGCUGCUGAAGUUGGCGAUGUCGAAAAAGCCCUUCCUAGCGGUGACUUUUAUACAGGCCAAUGGUGUAAUGGUUGCCCUCAUGGCAAUGGGAAGUAUUUAUGGACUGAUGGAUGUAUGUAUGUUGGUGAAUGGUUCAAAGGGAAAACAACGGGGAAAGGCAAGUUCUGUUGGCCUUCAGGUGCUACUUAUGAAGGUGAAUUCAAGCAUGGUUUUAUGGAUGGUAAAGGGACUUACACUGGCUUUUCAGGAGAAACUUAUAAAGGGACUUGGGUUAUGAACUUAAAACAAGGAGAAGGGACUAUUAGUUUUGUGAAUGGGGAUUACUAUGAAGGUGAAUGGCGCCGUGGAUUCCAGGAAGGAUAUGGGAGGUACCAUUGGAAGAAUGGGAACCAAUAUAUUGGUCAAUGGAAGAAAGGGUUGAUAAAUGGCAAUGGAACAAUGAUUUGGAAUAAUGGGAAUAGGUAUGAUGGCUUUUGGGAGGAUGGUUUUCCUAAAGGGAAUGGGACUUAUAAAUGGCCAGAUGGGAGCUUUUUUGUUGGUAUUUGGAGUAAAGAUGGUAAAGAUCAAAAUGGAACUUAUUAUCCAUCUGAUUCUCCAACUGAGAAAUUUGAUUGGGAUCCUCAACAGGUGUUUUUAGAGGAUCUGAAAGACUGUAAGAUAUGUGGUGGUGAGAAAGUAUCAAUUUGGCCUUCAGAAAAGAUGCCAAAUUGGUUUGCAAUAUCCAAAGAGAAAGAUGGGAAACAAAGAAGAAGGUCUGAUGGGAGUUUAAGUGGUUUUAGUAUGAGUUCAGAUUUCAAUGGUGGAAGUGUUUCUUUUGGUAGUGAAGGAACCACAAGACAUGGGGAUGGAAGUGUGAGAAGACUUCACCUUGAAGAUUCAGUUGCAAGAGGGAGUUCUUUACAGCUUAAGAAGCCACCAACGAGGAGGCAAGGGCAGACAAUAUCCAGAGGCCACAAGAAUUUUGAGCUUAUGCUUAACUUGCAACUUGGUAUCAGACACUCUGUUGGGAGGCCUGGUCCAGCUUUAUCCCUUGAUUUGAAGACAUCAGCCUUUGAUCCUAGGGAAAAAUUUUGGACCAGAUUUCCGCCUGAAGGAUCGAAGCACACUCCGCCUCAUCCAUCUUCUGAAUUCAAAUGGAAGGAUUACUGUCCACUUGUAUUUAGGACCCUAAGGAAAUUGUUCGAUAUAGAUGCAGCUGAUUACAUGCUUUCGAUAUGUGGGGAUGAUGCCCUUCGGGAACUUUCAUCCCCCGGGAAAAGUGGAAGCUUUUUUUACUUGACCAAUGAUGACAAAUACAUGAUAAAGACAAUGAAGAAGGCAGAAGUAAAAGUUCUGAUAAGAAUGCUUCCGGCCUACUAUAAUCAUGUUCGGUCCUUUAAGGACACUCUAGUCACCAAAUUUUUCGGUCUUCAUUGUGUGAAAUUAACCGGGUCGACACAGAAAAAGGUUCGAUUUGUUGUAAUGGGGAAUCUGUUCUGUACCGACACUGCCAUUCAUAGGCGCUUCGACUUGAAAGGUUCUUUCCAAGGUCGCACAACUGCUAAACCUGAAGCAGAGAUUGACUCGACAACAACCCUCAAAGACCUCGAUCUCAAUUAUAUAUUUCGAUUGCAGAAACUGUGGUUCAAAGAGUUCUGCAGUCAAGUCGACCGAGAUUGUGACUUUCUUGAAAACGAGAGAAUUAUGGACUACAGUUUGUUGAUCGGUUUGCACUUUCGUGAAGUUUCCACGCCUCAUACUUCUGGAGUUUCCUCACCUACUGGAAAUGGAGAUUGUGAAAAUGGAGAAGCUCCUCGGCUAUCCGAAGAUAGCAAUGAUCAGCUUGUUAUCAACUCCACACGGCAGUCUCCGGUUAGUUUAGGUAUAAACAUGGCCGCUCGAGCCGAAAAGACGGUGAGGAAAAACGAUUGCCAAGUGGUUGGAGAACCAACUGGUGUAAUGUAUGAUGUCAUUCUCUUCUUUGGCAUAAUAGACAUCCUACAAGACUAUGAUAUUAGCAAGAAGCUUGAGCAUGCAUAUAAAUCAAUGCAAUAUGAUCCAACUUCGAUUUCUGCUGUUGACCCGAAGUUGUAUUCAAAACGCUUCCGGGAUUUCAUUUUCAAAGUUUUCAUAGAAGACACUUGAAAAUGCCAUCAUGAUCUUUACAAGAUUUUCAAUUCGGAAGCAGUGUACACCCGAUCGUUUUUCAGGGAUGCGAGUGCUUAAAAGAAAAGGUUUACGACUUCCGUCAUUGACACGAGGUGAAGGUUUAGGUUAACAUUGCAAACACAGUUGUUAAGGCUGUUUCAAAUGUAAAUGAAUUGUUCAAAGGGUGAAACAUUAGAAUUCAUUCUUUUUUUUUGUACCUAACUAGCUUGAUAUUAUCAUGUAUAGGAAGGGUUUUGUUUGAACUAAACUAACAUUUAGUUGCUUUUAUAUAUAUUGAAGAUGAAAAAUUUUGCUA